CGCCACCACCCCAGUCGGGCCCGCUGUCCCCUGCACCAGGGCCGGGCGCGCCCAGGGUCCGGCAACCGGCGACCGCGGCAGGUUGCGGGAGCAGAAAAGGGCGGGGACGGGGGCGGGCGCCGGGGGAGCGGGAGGAGGGAGCUGGGAGGGGAGCGAUCGCAGGAGGAGGGAGCAGCCUUGGGCGGCUGGCGACGAGGAUGGGAGUGCGGGGCAAGCGCGCGGCGGCGCCCUGGGUCACGGCCGCGGCGGAGUCUGCGGGGCGCGAAGCCAGCGCCCGGCGCUUUUAAAGCCGGGAUCACGGGCGCGCUCAGGGCGCGGGCGGCGGCCGGAUGGAGAGGAAGGGCUUGGCGGCCCGAGCCUCGGGGAACCCUAGCCCGCCCGCGCUGGGCGAGGGGCCGCGGCCCGCGCCGCCACCGUGCGUCCCGGGCGGCGGCGGAGGAGCCCCGGAGCGGGGCCAGGCUGGGGCGGCGGCUGAGCCCGCCGAGCUCAUCCGGCGCGCGCACGAGUUCAAGAGCCAAGGGGCGCAGUGCUACAAGGACAAGAAAUUCCGCGAAGCCAUCGGCAAAUACCACCGGGCGUUGCUGGAGCUGAAGGGGCUGCUGCCUCCCCCGGGAGAGCGGGAAGCGCGGCCAGCCUCCUCGGCCGGGGUUCCCAAAGCCGGCCGCCUCUCGGAGGAGCAGAGCAAGACGGUUGAAGCCAUCGAGAUCGACUGCUACAACAGCCUGGCAGCUUGCCUGCUCCAGGCUGAGCUGGUAAAUUAUGAGCGAGUCAAGGAGUACUGCCUCAAGGUCCUGAAGAAGGAAGGAGAGAACUUCAAGGCCCUUUACAGGUCUGGUGUGGCCUUCUAUCAUCUCGGGGACUAUGACAGAGCUCUCCACUACCUGAAAGAAGCAAGGACCCGACAACCAACAGACACCAAUGUGAUUCGGUACAUCCAGCUGACAGAGAUGAAGCUCAGCAGAUGCUCUCAAAGGGAGAAAGAGGCCGUGUAACGAGGAAGCUUCUCUUGAGCCGCACUCACACCCGACCAGGGACUUCCAGGCACCUUUGGCAGAGAGUCCCAAUGUGGGUUCUCUCCCUCUCUCCCCAGUUCUUCCUGUACUCCUACUCCUGUUGCUCCUCCUGUUGCUCCCCAGGUCUGUCUCCUGAACCUUGGUGGGCAGCCCAAACGUGGACUUAUUUUCUUCUCUAGCAGGCCAGCCAAUGGGACAGCUAAGGAAGAGUCUGAUGGACUGGGGGCCGAAUUGUGGCUUUGGCCUGGGCCAGUGUUUCUGAGCCUGGCAGGUAUGUGGAUACCACGCUCUGGACCUUUCCACACUUUCCUGAUGGAUCAGAGCAUCUUGAGGGAACUGAGAGGAAAUCUGGGGCUGGUUCUGAAUGUAAGAAGCAUUGUUUGAACCAAUGCUGAGAUGGUGAAUUUCCUUCAGCCCCCUCAGUCACCUGAGCUCCUGCCACACACACACCCUUACUUGUCUAGGCUUAUACUUUCUUCUCUCCCACUAGGAGGUCAGGUCUUUGCCAGGAUUCACAUGCCAUUCAGGCCCACUCUCAAUGCCCUCCUCACAUACCAUUCUCCCACUCCCAGCCAGUAAGCAGCUGUGACAGCAGAAGGACGGGGUGAAAUGGGCCAAAGCUUGGGGGCAGAGCAGACUGUGUAGGUGAUGGAGGGGGGCAAGAUGAUGUCAAGGGAAAGAAAGAGCCUUGGGUGGGCUGAGGGACUGGACUAAUUAAUGUAAAUGAAAACAAACUCACGGGCACCAGUUCCUGCCAUUUCUGUUGGAAGCAGUCCACCCCUCGCUUCUGUUCCCUUCCUGUCCCUCAGGAAGAAUGGCUUACAGCUUCCCCUAAAGCCAGUGGCUAUCAGUCCAAGACUAUACAUCAUGUUGACCACAGCUUUUGUGCUUUUGGGAGUGUGCCGGGAUUACGGAAACUGGUCCAGGACUUGGCUGUGUGAGAAUCUGUACACACACCUACACCCUUUUUGACAAAAUUAUCUAGCACAUAAAUUUUUGUUGAAUGGAUAAAUUUCGACCGCAGCCUGACUCGCCUGCCUUAAACUAAUUGGAACCCAGCCUGGUCUCCUGGCACCUAUGCUUUUUUGUGCUAUGCCAUGCUGAAACAUUUCCUGAGGGCUUACUGGUCCCCCACCAUAGUGCAAUAUAGGAUGUAAUCCCAGUCUUCACGGAGAUAGGAAAGCUGAGACAUCCUUAUGAGAUUAUUACCAAUGACACCAUUAAUAUAUAUGAUGCUUAAACAUUUUCAAGUCACUUUCAUAUAUUUUUCGUGUGAUUUAGUGAGACACUAUUGUAUAGAAUCAAAAUAUAUACAGAUGCAAUAAUGUUAAUAGUUAGGAUUUAUUAAAUGCACUCUCUUCAGAUCUUUACAUGGACAAUCUUAUUUCUUUCAUAUAAUCACUCCGUGAGAUAUUAUUCUCAGGUGGUGAAGAAGAAAACAAAAAGCUGGGAAAAUUAACUUUCUGGAGGUUGCAUGGCCUUAUGGGACAUGGCUAGGCUCAAAAGAUCUUUUUUGAUUCCAGAGCCCUGGCUACUAACUAUCUUAUGCUUAGUUGCCUCCCUGUUGGACAGUACAACUGUUUGAGAGCAGAAGAAUUUGCCUGAAGUUGAAACAUAUUCAACAUCUCAGUGCCCCACCCCCUUAUAUUUACAUAAGCAAGACACAAAGAGACCGAAAGCCAGAAGGCCUAGUGGCUUGGGCAGUGACCAGCCAGAGGAAGACAAUUGAAUCCCAGCAUUUACAUCUGUGUGCUUGCUGGUCAUUCUAGUUACUGAUAGGGCAGCAGGAAUCCGAACAACCCACCUGUCAUUCCUCACUGUAUGGCCAGCAGUGAGAAUGGAUCACAACUAUAGGCAAAGACUGAAUAGAGACACGCAGUUAAUUAUGGAUUUUUGUUUGAGCAGUAGCUUUGCCACUGUAAGACCCAAUCGCUGCUGAAGGAGCCCGGAAGCCAACAGCACAGGUUAUAUCCACACAGCUCCCCAAACGCUUUCAGCGGGGGCUGCAGGAAGGUGCUAGAAAUAUCCAGAGUUCCACAGUGUCUCUGGAGAAGAAGAAAAGGAAAAAGCCAUCCCAGGUACCACAUUCCCUGACUUUGAACAUAUCCUGUCUUCUUCCUCCAAAAUGGCUUCAUAGGACCCCCACCUAGAACUACUCUCAGCCCUGACAUAUGCCUACGCCCACACCCUCAGCCCCCAACGCCAUCCCCAAGCUCAGAGGUUAUAAGCUGACAAACCUUUAGGAUCGGAAGGAUGAAAAUGAGGUCGGGGUGGUUUACAGAAUUUCAGACUAGCAGGCUCCCCCCUUUGUUCUUCAAUGCAUGGGAGUGACCUUGAUACUGAUUCCCAACAAAGGGCAGGAGAAGGCUUGCUUGGAUGAAUGCAUCAGGGCAGGGCUAUCCUCAUAGGAAUCAAACCAUUGUCACCCCAGAGAGAACGUUUGAAAAGCACAAUGAGGCGAGGGCAAGCAUACAACCAUUGUCUCAGAUCCAGUGACUCAGAGCCAUAUGCUCAUGGGAACUCCAUUCACUGUGACCCAGACUUCAAUGACACCCUCCCCCACCACCACCAAAAGAAGCUACCUGGGGUAUUAGUUAACACUAGGGGGUUGGCAGGGCUGCGUUUUCUGUGCAUCUGUCAGCAGUCUUCAGAAGGCUGUUCUCUCCCUUCUCCCACAUCUCCUAAGUUCAAGGACCGCACUCUAAUUGCAGACUUGGUGGGUGCCUCUAUUGAACUGUGGAGACAGCACUCACCAUGGAUCUGCAUUGCCCAUCCGCCUGGACAUUCAUGAGAGGCCCUUUGGCAUAGAACUUAUACUUUUGUUGUUGCUGUUGUUGAGUUACAAAAGCUUUGCACACGUGUUGUGAAACAUUUAAGAAAAGUUUAAGGUUGGAACCCAUCCCAUCACGCCACCACCAAGACAACAUUUUUACCUUUUUGGCACAUUUGUCAUUCUCCUUGGUAUAAAUGUGGACACAUCCGUUCACCGGCUUUUGUUUGUUUGUUUGUUUGUUUGUUUAAUGAAGAAAACUGGAUCACGCUGUAUAUACUCUUUAAUAACUUCCUUUUCAAAUGUGUAUUUAUAUUUUAGGGUAUGCAAUAUAUGCACAGAUAUACAAAAGAGUACACAAACUCUGUAGUUGGAAGCGACUCUUCCUCCCCCGUCUGCCGCAGCUAGUUUCCCAUGUACCCCCUAGAGAGAGAUGUUUUUCAAAGAUAUGUGUACAUAUUCUUUUAUCGCUCACAAGUGGUGGCAUAUCAGAUACUUUUGUCCCCUUUUGCUUUAUGUAAUAUGUCACGGGCAUUUCGGCAUAUCUUUUGGACUUUUCUGAUAGUAUCUUCAUGGUUUGGGUGGAUCUUUAUGUUGUAACCCGGCCACAAAUGCGGAUGAUUUCACUUGUUUUCAAUCUUUGCUGUAAAUAAUGUUGUAACUGACAUUCUUGUCGCUAAAUUUUGCACAUGUCAAUGAUGAGCUCCUUAGGAUGUCAUCCAAGAAGGAAACUGUGUGACUGUUUUUAAAGAUUUUGAUACAUGUUGCCAAUGCCCUGUAGGAAGUUUGUACCAAGACACUGUACCGUUUGUGGCUCCCAGAAUGCCCUGCUCUCUGGGCCUUAACAAGCACUAGGUAUUAUCACUUAUCAAAUCUUCGACAAUUUGAUAGGCAAAUAAUAGUAUGUCAAUGGUAUUUCAACUUACUGCUUUAACUUUUUUUGAUUAUCAGUGAAUAACAUUUUCAUAUGCUUAUUGAUCAUUUGUAUUUCUUUCUUUGUGAAUUUUCUAUUUAUUUGAUAUUGAUGUUUAUCUAUGUUUAUCUUUAUUAUCUAUUUGUAACUUUUAAGAAUAUUAUUUUUGUCAAGAAAUGCAGCAGAUAUGCUUUCCAAGUGCUUUGCUUUCAGAUUUCGUUUAUGGUGCUUUUUGACAUACAUAAAUUCCUAAUUCUGCAAUUAA